GCAGGAGCUUGCAGUGAAGCUGAAGGAAAAUGAUAGUGGUUGUUGUCUUUGCAGUUAACCUCCUCCUUUCUUCUACUUCUAUUCUUCUCCUCAAGCUGCUAUUUCCCUCAACUACCCUUCCCCAACAUACACAACAAACUUACGCACUCUCUCCUCACAACACAACAACACACAUUGUCUGAACAAAACUCCAUCACUUCCAUUCAUAGCUGAUAGCUGUUUCUCUUUCUCUGUCCUGAAUUUUUUUUUUCAGAUUUUCCAGACAAUGAGAACGGUUUUGUCUAGAUAAGAAAAAAAAAGAAAUUGAUCUUUCACUCACGCGUACACAGAAACACAACAUAGAGAUUCUGUUUUCUUCUCUCUUUCUCUCUCUCUCUGAGUUUCUGGAAUUCUGGAUUUUUCUCUCUCUGUCUGUGUGUUUUGUUGUCUUCUUUAGCUGCUUCCUAUGGAAGCUGCGGCGGAGGAUUGUUGUGUAAAAGUUGCUGUUCAUAUCAGACCGCUUAUUGGCGAUGAGCGGCUCCAAGGUUGUAAAGAUUGCGUCACUGUUGUGCCGGGGAAGCCUCAGGUGCAAAUUGGAACACAUUCCUUUACUUUUGAUCAUGUAUAUGGCAACACGGGUUCUCCCUCUUCUGCCAUGUACGAAGAAUGUAUUGCUUCACUCGUUGACGGUUUGUUCCAAGGAUAUAAUGCUACCGUUCUUGCUUAUGGUCAGACAGGAUCUGGGAAAACAUAUACGAUGGGUACUGGCUUCAAAGAUGGCUGCCAAACAGGAGUAAUUCCUCAAGUUAUGAAUUCUUUGUUCAGCAAGAUUGAAACAUUAAAGCAUCAAACUGAAUUUCAGAUGCACGUUUCCUUCAUUGAGAUUCUAAAAGAAGAAGUCCGAGAUUUGCUGGAUCCUACUGCAAUUAACAAAUCAGACACUGCUAAUGGGCAUAAUGGGAAGGUAACUAUCCCAGGAAAACCGCCAAUACAAAUUCGUGAAUCAUCAAAUGGUGUUAUUACGCUGGCAGGAUCUACUGAAGUUAGUGUUAGUACACUAAAAGAAAUGGCUUCUUGUCUAGAGCAAGGAUCACUAAGCCGGGCUACAGGGAGUACGAACAUGAACAAUCAGUCUAGUCGUUCACAUGCUAUCUUCACCAUCACGUUAGAGCAAAUGCGUAAGCUCAAUGCAGUUUCCCUUGGAGACAGCCCUCCUAGUGAGAGUAUGAAUGAGGAAUAUCUAUGUGCCAAGUUACAUUUAGUAGAUCUUGCGGGAUCAGAGAGAGCCAAAAGAACAGGUUCUGAUGGGUUACGUUUUAAGGAAGGGGUUCACAUCAAUAAAGGCCUUCUUGCACUGGGUAAUGUUAUCAGUGCACUUGGUGAUGAGAAAAAGCGCAAAGAAGGGGUUCAUGUUCCCUAUCGGGACAGUAAACUCACACGGCUUUUGCAGGAUUCACUUGGGGGUAACAGCAGAACGGUUAUGAUAGCAUGCAUUAGUCCUGCUGAUAUCAAUGCUGAGGAAACCCUUAACACUCUAAAAUAUGCCAAUCGUGCUCGGAAUAUCCAAAACAAGCCUGUUGUCAAUAGAGAUCCUAUGUCCAGUGAGAUGCUGAAGAUGCGCCAACAACUGGAGUAUUUGCAAGCAGAACUUUGUGCCCGUGGGGGAGGAUCCUCAUCUGAUGAAGUACAGGUCCUUAAGGAAAGGAUUGCUUGGCUUGAAGCUGCCAAUGAGGAUCUCUGCCGGGAACUUCAUGAGUACCGUAGCAGAUGCUCCGUCGUAGAGCAACGUGAAACAGAUGCUCAAGAUGGCAUUAAUUGUUCUAUCAGAAGUGAUGGACUUAAAAGGAGCUUGCAUAGUAUAGAGUCACCUGAUUAUCCUAUGGGUGAAACCAUGAUAGGUGAUUCACGGGAAAUCGAUGAAGAAGUAGCAAAAGAGUGGGAGCACAAACUUCUACAAAAUAGUAUGGAUAAAGAGUUGCAUGAAUUGAAUAGACGUUUAGAAGAGAAAGAGUCAGAGAUGAAACUCUUUGGAGGAUAUGAUCCUGUGGCACUCAAGCAACAUUUUGGGAAGAAAAUCAUGGAACUGGAGGAUGAAAAAAGAGCUGUCCAGCAAGAGAGGGAUCAUUUGCUGGCUGAAGUUGAAAAUCUUGCUGCUAAUUCUGAUGGACAUACUCAGAAAAUGCAAGAUAUCCAUGCCCAAAAAUUGAAGGCACUGGAGGCACAGAUUCUGGACCUUAAGAAGAAGCAAGAGAACCAAGUUCAGCUUUUAAAGCAGAAACAAAAGAGUGAUGAAGCAGCAAAGCGACUUCAAGAUGAAAUUCAAUCUAUAAAGGCACAAAAGGUUCAGUUGCAACAAAGGAUAAAGCAAGAGGCAGAGCAAUUUCGACAGUGGAAAGCCUCUCGAGAGAAAGAACUGUUGCAGUUGCGGAAGGAGGGAAGAAGGAACGAGUAUGAGAGACACAAGCUACAAGCUUUAAAUCAGCGGCAGAAAAUGGUUCUUCAAAGAAAGACGGAAGAGGCAGCAAUGGCAACCAAGAGAUUAAAAGAGUUGCUAGAAGCUCGUAAAUCUUCUGCCCGUGAGAACUUAGGUAGGUGUGAGGUAUGGGAAAAUGAAUUGGAAAUCAAAGAAAUGAAAGAGCAACUUAAAGAACUUGUUGGUCUGUUGCGACAGAGUGAGCUGCGAAGAAAGGAGGUAGAAAAGGAGCUGAAGUUAAGAGAGCAAGCAGUUGCAAUUGCAUUGGCUAAAUCACCUCCUGAGAGUUCACCCAAUUCAUUGAAACACUUCACCGACGACAUGAGUGCUCCUCUGUCUCCAAUGUCCCUGCCUGCACAAAAGCAACUGAAGUAUACACCAGGAAUUGCUAAUGGAUCAGUCACGGAGUCAGCAACAUGGAUGAAUCAAAGCCGAAAGAUGGUACCCCUUGCCCAGUUGUCCACAAAAAGAGUAGUAACCAUAGGACAAGCUGGGAAACUGUGGAGGUGGAAGAGAAGCCAUCACCAGUGGCUUGUUCAAUUCAAAUGGAAGUGGCAGAAGCCAUGGAGACUCUCAGAAUGGAUUAGGCACAGUGAUGAAACAAUCAUUAGAUCAAAGCCACGUCAAUUGGCUCUGCUGCAUAGAGUAUGAUGUUCUGUGGUUGGCAGAUUAUGGUUGCUUAAUGUUAAUACUGGACCUACAAGUAAGAUCCCAACCCACAGCAUGGGGAGAGCAUAUAAACCAGUGCAGUAUGCGAGGAGUGGCUGUUCAGGAGACUGCUUACAAAGGUCUUGGAUGAGUUGAUUUUGGAAAGUUAUAUUUGUAAUCUUCAAAAAAUUUUGGCUGUGGUUACCAACACAUUUGGAGCAUUGUGUAAAGUUGUGUGGAUGCUCCUGAUGGUUUCCCAGACACACAGAAAAGAUGCCAGAGGAGUGAUAGUUUUAGUGUUCAUAAAUUGACAGAACACAUCACUCAAGUUGUCUCUAAGGUUUUGGUAUAUUCUUCCGCAAAUAACAACACUUUGGGAGAGAAGAAGUUCCUGAAGGUCACAGAAAAUUUGUAUGAAAGGUGGUCGUUUUAUUAUUAUUAUAAUUUUUUUUUGGGGAGCCAGUUGUAAUUUUUCUUAGCUUAUAUGUUCUAGUGUUAUAUUGUGUGUAAGCAAAUAUUGAUUUUGUUAUAUGAAAGAUUUAAUGGAAGCGUUC